ACCAAAACCAUGAAUCCCGCCCAAACGCCAAUUACUGAGUACUGAUCCCGAAUCCCCAACCAUUCGAACGCCACGGCCAUCCCCCUCGAAUCCCCUCCAACUCGAACAUUCCGGAAUCCAUGGAGGCCGGCCCCCAAACCUUCUAGAGCGUGCUUCUCCGGUCGCCAUGAGCCGCCGCGAGCCGGACACCUCCCCCUUCUGCGACCUCUCCAACCUCCGCACCCCGAGACCCAACCCCAAAACCGUACCUCCCUCGCCUCAGUUCUUCACCGCCUCCAAAUCCGCCCUCCAGGCUCCCACUCCGACGUCACUCCGCCGCCGGAGGCCUGGCGACGGCGUCCCUACCCCGACGCCCCUCGGCCGCCGCCUCCACGCCCUCGAGGUCGACCAGUCGCGCUCCGCCCGCCGCGCCGAGUCCGGCCGUGAGCGCGCCCUCCGUACCUUUUCCGCCUCCGCCUCGUCAUGGCUAUCCCUCCUCCUACGCGACCCCUCCGCCUGCGGGUGCUUCCCAGGGUUCACCGGUUCCGCCGCGGCCGCGCAGCCCUGGGCUACGGGGAAACGCGGCGCGCUCGAUGGAGACCGGGCGCGUGGGGGGCGCAGCCCGAAGAGGUGCCGCGGUGGUGGUGAUCGCGGCGGAGAGAGGAGCAAGGAGAUGACGCCGGCGAUGGUGGCCGCGUUAAGGGAAUCUCUUAAGGAUGCGUGCAGCCUGGAGGAUGUCACGGAGAGGAUGGAGAAACACAUGAGUAAGGGCGCGUGUGAGGAGGUGCUCUUUAUGAUGUUUCAAAUUUGUAAGAACAUCGAUGAAGGCAGAUUGAAGAUGAAAGCACGGUGCCCCCUUGUUACUGACCUUAGGCUCAAAGAGAAAGCAACUAGGGUUUUCAUGUCCUACAAUCCAUAUUGGCUCAGGAUUGGCUUGCAUAUUGUUCUCGGUGGUGAUUCCUUGCUGCAGACUGGACAAGGAAAACGGGACAAGGAGGUUCAUUUUCUAAAACUAAUUUUGGAGAAGCAUAUGCUUUCUCAAAUCAUGACUGCAAAAUCAUGUGGUAACAAGAAGCUGGUAGAAGAGCACCAUGUACAAGGUUACAGUGAUGUGCUGGGCAAUAUUAUAUUGAAAAGAAUUUUUCUUCUUGUUGUUGCACUAGACAGAACCAAAAUAGAAAGUACUCUUCCUCUCGAAGCUGGAAUCGAUGGCCUUGAUGGUGGAUCCCCUCUUUUAUUUUGUCACCAAAGUCAAAUAAAAUCUAGUCGUCAAAUCAUUCAAGAGUCUUUGAGGGAGACCAUGCAUGGAGAAGGUGACAUUCUGGUACACCUCACAACUAUGGGAUAUAAACUAAAUUAUCAACAGCCUGCUUUGUCAGAAUAUGAUUUCACAAUGAGGAAUUUAUUUGAAGAUCUCCAAGAUGGCAUAAUUCUUUGUAGAGUUGUUCAGCUGCUCCUCGCAGAUGCAUCAAUCAUUUCGAAAGUAAUUGUUCCCUCAGAUACAGACAAGAAGAGGCGAAGUAACUGCACCACUGCUAUACAAUAUAUCAAACAAGCUCGGGUUCCAUUAUCUGAUUCUGAUGGAGUCACAAUUUCCGCGGAAGACAUCGCUGCUGGGGAUAAGGAGCUUAUUCUUUCACUGCUGUGGAAUAUGUUCAUCCAUAUGCAGCUACCGUUGUUAGCAAGCGCAACCUCGCUAGCUCGUGAACUAACCAAGCUAAACGUACAUGUAACGGAACAACAAAUAUCUGAGAACAAGCCACACAUGGGUUUGCUUUACAAUUGGGUUCAGGCAAUAUGCUCAAAGAUUGGCAUGACUGUUGAAAGUUCAUCUCAGUUAGACAGAAGAGCACUGAACUGUUUCAUCAACUAUUAUUUGAAUAUUGAUAUUUCCCCCUUCAAGGAAACACCAACUGGAUGCCGAAAGGAAUUGUUCACCUGUCACCAACUUGAUACUAUAUCAGAUAUCGCUGGCUGGCCAUCCAGCGAGAUGGGGAAAGUACUCUCCGAUGUUCUUCAGGCAGUUGAUAUUCCAGCUAGUGGCAUCCUAGCUGAUGGUGUAUUAUUUGAUGAGAGGAGUACCAUUCUUUUGCUAGCAUUCCUAUCUUCGCAUCUGACUAAUGAUGAAAGAUUGGAUCAACUAAAGAAUUUGAUCAACAUGAGGUUGUACAAGAGUGCGGAUACUAAGAUUGCAGCAAGACGUAUAUCUCGAGGAAAGAUUGAUAUAAAGUAUCAUCCAUCUCAGACAGAUAAAAAUGAUGGUGCAUGCACCAACCAGGAGUGGGCUGCAACUAUUAUACAGACUCAGGCCAGAAGUCUUAUUGCAAAGAAUAAAUAUUGUGAGCGUAAGAAGGCAAUAUUUAUCCUGCAAGGUGCUUUAAGGGCAUGGUCAGCCAUCAUCUCGAACAGGAACCGUAGUUGUCUAAGUAUUGCUGCCUCUAUUCCCUGGCAAGCACAAGGAAACAACAGAUAUUUCAUUUUUAUAAUGGAAAGGCAUCGAUUUGUUCAGAUGAGAAAAUCUGCCAUUAUGAUUCAACUGGCUGUAAGGAUUUGGAUUAGAGGAAGAAAAAAAUUUAAGAACAGUGAUUCUUUCAAAAGCUGUGAGUUCCUUGAAGGUAAAACUCCACCCAAAAUUAGUAGCAUUGCUCCUUCCCCUCAGGAGCAUUGUAGUGGUGGAGAUAAAACAAUAGCUUCGCCCACAGCAUGCAAGCACUGUGAGCAUGUGCUCACAGUGAGAGCUUCUGCUGCUGCUCCUAUUCUUUAUUUUGAUGGCAUGGACAGUCUAGACUCAACAACUCCACUACAGUUUAGCGGCAAUCAAAGCAACUUUAUAACUUCUACCACUCAGCUGUGCAAAAGUGAGCAUGACUGUCGGUCGUGUGUGGUUGAGAAAUCCAAUUCAGUUUCCGUCAGUAAGCUUGUGAGUGCGGAUGACAUUCAGUGCAGCAGCAGUAUUUGUUUCCCUGUCUGCAAGGAACUAGUGGCUGCUCAAACGAUACAAAGUGCAUACAGAAGGUUUUUGAACAACAGAAACAGGAUAACUGGUGCAAUUAAAAUCCAGAGCCACUGGCGAUGCUAUUCAGUACGCAAGUGUUUCAUGAAGGAAAUUCAGGCUAUUGUAGGAAUCCAAACAUCAAUAAGAGUAUUCUUGUGCUACCAAGCUUUUCAACGCCACCGACUUGCUGCAGUACUGAUUCAGCGAGUUGUCAGAGGAUGGCUGGCUAGAAAGAGACUGUUAGGUUCCUCUUCACUGCGAACCUACACAAGACUUUGUGUAGUCGACCAAAGUCAAAAGAGAAAAUGUUAUCAAAGCCUUGAGUUGAACAUUGUGCUAGACUCUGUCAUAAGGCUACAAAGAUGCUGGAGGAAGUUCCUGCUGCGUCAGUCUGUCAAAACAUAUGUGAUCUCAAUUCAGUCUUUUGUCCGUGGCUGGUUGGCACGGAAGCAACUAAACCAAACUUUCCGUUGCAUCAACAUCAUUCAAAGAUGGUGGCGAAAGGUUCUUCAAACGAGGAAGCGAGCUGUGAUUGUCAUUCAGACUCGUUUCCGUGGUUGGGUUGCACGACAAGAUGCUAUUAGAACUAGAAACUCUAUCUGUAACAUACAGAGAUGGUGGAGAAAGGUUUUGUUCCUUAAAUUGAGGAAGCAAGCGGCGUUAGUUAUACAGGCUCAUUUCCGUGGUUGGAUAGCACGACAAGUUGCUUUUAGAACUAGAAAAAGUAUUACUAUAAUACAGUCCUAUGUCAAAGCCUACCUUGUGAGGAAGGCUUCGAAGCAAGAAGUUGCACAUAUAAGAUCUAGACUGCAGAAGUCAUCUUCACAGGUUGAUGAUAGUAUGCGCCUGAUCAACAGACUGGUGUCUGCAUUGUCACAACUCCAUCGCUGUCGGAGCAUACACAGCAUUCGUCAAACUUGUGCAACAUUGAGUACUGCUACAGAGUAUUCCAAGAAAUGCUGCGAGAAGCUGGUCGCUGCUGGUGCUGUAGAUAUAUUGCUAAAGCAAAUAUAUUUGCUGAACCGUGGGAUUGCUGACCAGGAGGUCUUGAAGCAAGUGUUCCUUACUCUCAGGAACAUUGCUCGAUAUUCAAAUCUUAGACAGGUGUUAGCCAGCACUGCAGAAUCUGUUGAAAUCAUCUUCCAGGAAUUACUGAGGAACAAAGCAGACGGAUUCUUCAUCGCGUCUGAUAUUCUAAAAAGCCUAUGUGAAUCCAAGGAAGGCCGUGAAACCGUCCAAGCGCUGAGUCACCUCAUCAAAAGGCUGCGCAAUCUGGUGCAUGACCUGGAAAAGAAGGUAGAGCUUGAUAAGAGGAAUGGGCGCACCGGAGCCGUGAAGGCGACCAACCUGCGGCGGCUUCGGGAGGCCGCCACACUCUAUCAUAUCCUCACCAGUGGUACUUAACGCGUCGGCAGCAUAGCUAGAAAGGCUAAUCUGACGUUUUGUUGUACAAUAAUUUAGUCUAAGAAGGUUUUCAUGUAACUGGAGGUGACUACGGUGCAAUUGUCGAAAACCUUCCUAGGUAACCAGGAUCUUCUAAGUUCUGUUGCUGCAGUUGGUUUUGUGUGGUAGGUGUGAGAAUCAUCGGCUUGAUGUAUUGGAUUACCUCUUAUAAAGAGUGAAGUCGCUGAGUUAACCGUCCUCA